AACAUACUUGUAUACCGAGUAGGCCCAGACUUUGUGUACUCUCAGAUUAUCUAUUUUUUGGUACAGAUACAGAUCAGAUUUUCUACAGAUUUUAAAACAGACCGAAAUUUACGUGUUCCGGAUAAUAUUAAAUCAAAACAAAAAUUGUAUCAAAAAUUUUCUCCUUUUGGUUGUGUAAAAGGUAGUAAGUUUGGUAUUUCGCGUUAGUUGUUAUCUAAGGUGUAGAUGGCUUUUGGGAACUCACGUAUGUCACGUCCGAAUCGCGAUAGUGUUCCCAGGACUGCCGGUGGUGAGAUGUUGGCUCGUCGUCGAUCGGCUCCCGACUUGGCCUCACCGCCGCCGCCGCAGGAGGCAGCUGCUCCUCCGCCAAUUGUGGUGGUCAAGCAGGAAUCUCGGGAUGCGUCUGCCGGUGGCGAAGUGGUGCCUGCGAUGGAGGAUGACUCUGAGGUGGACCAGUCGCCGGCCGAGACUCCAAGGACUUUGGCUGUACGAAAGGGUGCGGCUUUAGAUGAAUUCCUGCUCUCCCUGCUGGAGUGUCCCGUUUGCUUUUGCUACAUGAUGCCGCCGAUUAUGCAGUGCUCCCGUGGCCACAUGAUCUGCACCGGCUGCCGCCAGAAGGUGGGCACAUGCCCCGUCUGCCGGGUGUCCAUGACCAACAUCCGCAGCCUUUCCAUGGAGAAGGUGGCCUCCAAGCUGAUCUUUCCCUGCAAGCACUCGGAUUUCGGCUGUCGAGCGCAACUCUCAUAUGCGGACAAAAGCAGUCACGAGCAGGACUGCGACUGUCGUCCCUACUUCUGCCCCUAUCCGGAUGACAAGUGCCGCUGGCAGGGUCCGCUGAGGGAUGUGUACCAGCACCUGGUCAGCACCCACGAGAACGUCAUCACCAUGGAGGGCAACGACAUCAUCUUUCUGGCCACCAACGUGAAUCUGGAGGGUGCCUUGGACUGGACAAUGGUUCAGUCCUGUCACGGACGGCACUUCCUGCUCUCCCUGGAGAAGAUCCAUCUGGGCGAGGGAUGUCAGCAGUACUUCACCGCCUGCCGCAUGAUCGGAUCCAUGAAGGAUGCCGCCGAGUUCGUCUAUAACAUCUCGCUGGACGCCAAUAAUCGCACCUUGCGUUGGCAGUCCAAGCCAAGAUCGAUCCGCGAGAGCUUCGUCUCGUUCACCAACGCCGAUUUCCUGGUGCUCAACAAGUCCACCGUCGAACUGUUCUCGGAGGACGGCAAUCUCGCCCUGAACGUAGUCAUCAGAAGGGCUCAAGAGGACGCCAGGGAGAUCGCUAACUGAGUCUGCUGGAUCUUUGGUCACCCUAAGCACCCGACCUCACCAUUUCAGUUUAAUAGCUGUUAACGUUGUUAUUUAAUUGCU